CUGCCGGUCCAAAUGCCAUUUCAGCAAGUCAUGAGCAUGAGUUAUUUAUGUCGUAAAUGGCUUAUUUUCUCUUAUUGUGUUUCACUAUAUUGGCUAAUUCGACUGUAAAGGUGAUUGGAGGUGUGUUAUUUCGACCUGCGUAACGUGUGACGUCAGGGGCGUCAGUUUUAAGUUAUUGAGGGCAGAUGGGAUGGACGCCACUAUGAAGUAUUAUUGUUAUUGAGUAUUUACAGUACGUUCAAUUAAAAAAGGACAGCCGCGUGAGCUGAAAUUGGACACUGAAAGCGCCCGAUUCGGCUUAGACUGUAAUAAUGGAGUAGAAACUCUAGAAGGCAGCAACGGAGCAUUUAGAAUUUAUUUAGGCUGCCAGUAACCCCCAAAGAAGACGAAGAAGCAGCGAAGAAGAAGUAGCAGCAGCAAUCGACCGUCAAAAACGAAAAAAGAUGCUUUUCACGAGGGUGUUACAAACUGUGAGACUGGGACUGAAGUUCAACAGAUCUGUCCACCACAGCCCUGCAUGGAGAAGUCCUCUUAUACCCAUAGUCAUCGAGCAAACGGGCAGAGGAGAAAGAGCUUAUGACAUCUAUUCUCGCCUACUAAGAGAGAGAAUCAUUUGUGUAAUGGGUCCUAUUGAUGACUCUGUGGCCAGCUUGGUUAUUGCCCAGCUGCUUUUUCUUCAGUCAGAGAGCAACAACAAGCCAAUUCACAUGUAUAUCAACAGCCCUGGUGGUGUCGUGACAGCUGGCCUAGCCAUUUAUGACACAAUGCAGUAUAUCCUUAAUCCCAUCUCCACUUGGUGUGUUGGUCAAGCAGCCAGCAUGGGUAGCUUGCUGCUUGCAGCAGGGACGACAGGCAUGAGGCAUUCACUACCCAAUGCACGCAUCAUGGUCCACCAGCCAUCUGGAGGUGCCAGGGGUCAGGCCACUGACAUCGCCAUCCAGGCUGAGGAGAUCCUGAAAUUAAAAAAACAAAUCAACAAUAUCUAUGCCAAACACACGGGACAACCGCUAGAAACCAUUGAAAAUGUGAUGGAAAGGGAUCGUUAUAUGAGCCCCAUGGAAGCCCAGGACUUUGGCCUUGUCGACCGGGUUCUGGUCCACCCACCUCAAGCUGGGCAAGAUGAGCCUGAACUGGUUCAGAAAGAGACUGCCACAGCAGCCAGUCCAAUUGCUGCCCUCCAGUCUCCAGCUCUUCAGAAUGCCUCCCCUGGAACAGUGCCUCCCUCCUCGCAUAAACCUGAACCAUAAAUGACCAAAGCAGAGUUGUGAAUAUUAAUAUUGAUAUUAAUAUUUUUAAUAAAUACUUUGACUGUAAACUGUUCUAUGCUGAUUUGCAGUAAUGGGCAAUGAAGUUGUU